AUGGAAAGUCGACAAACCAUUACAAAAAAUUCAAAUUUCCAAAUUAUACAAAUAAUUCUUUCGUACCUCAAUUCAUCGAAAUUAGUUCAUAUCAAAAACUUUAUUUUCAUUCUAGUAAUAUAUAAUUAUGGAGAUAUUUUAUUAAGAAAACUUUUGAUUCAAGGUCCUAGCCGUACUUUGUUUGAUUUCUAUCGAAAAAUUACUGGUAUUUUAUUGAAAGCGGCAAAGAAAGCUCCGGGAGCUGGAAACAAAAUACAAGCCGAACUUGAUAAAACUAUUAAAGAAUUAGAAGAAAAAAUUGCUCCUAAGAAACCGGGCGAACCCAGAUAUUUGUCAUUACCAGAUAUUGGAUUUGAUUCAAAGAAAUUAAAGCAAGAAUUAAAAAGGUAUCAGGAAAUGUCAUCACAUGUAAAAUGGAAGGAUGGGCGUGUGUCAGGAGCAAUAUAUCAUGGUGGACAAGAAUUGUCAAAAUUGACAUCUGAAGCAUAUUCAAUGUUUUCUGUUAGCAACCAAUUACACCCCGAUGUAUUUCCCGGAGUACGUAAAAUGGAUGCUGAAGUAGUCGCUAUGGUAUUAAACAUGUAUAAUGCACCACCAGAAGCAGCUGGUACAACCACAUCUGGAGGUACUGAAAGCAUAUUAAUGGCAUGUAAAGCUUAUAGAGAUUGGGCAAGAGAAGUAAAAGGAAUUACAAGCCCUGAAAUUGUUGUUCCGGAUACAAUUCAUGCAGCUUUUGAUAAAGCAGCUUCAUAUUUCAAUAUUAAACUUGUACACAUACCAAUUGAUCAUAUAACAUGUAGAGUAGAUACUAAAGCACUUGGUAGAGCAAUCAAUAAAAAUACAAUAAUGAUUGCAGGAUCAGCACCAAAUUUUCCUCAUGGAAUUAUGGAUGACAUUCCUUCAUUAGCGUCAAUAGCAAAAAAAUAUGAUAUUGGAAUGCAUGUAGAUUGUUGUUUAGGAAGUUUUCUGGUGCCAUUUUUAGAAGAGGCAGGAUUUCCAGCUCAACCUUUUGAUUUUAGAAUCGAUGGAGUAACUUCGAUUUCAUGUGAUACUCAUAAGUAUGGAUUUGCACCAAAAGGUUCUUCAGUAAUUAUGUAUCGAUCAAAGAAACUUCGUAAAUUUCAAUAUUUCUUUGCACCCGACUGGACGGGUGGGAUUUAUUGUUCGCCUUCAAUUGCAGGUUCACGUCCGGGAGCAUUGAUUGCGGGAUGUUGGGCUACAUUGAUGAGUAUAGGUAAAUACGGUUAUAUCGAUGCAACUAAAAAAAUUGUAGGAUGUGCUAAAAAAAUUGAAGCUGGUAUACGUAAAUCAAAAGAUCUUUUCGUUUAUGGAAAACCACUUGUAUCAGUUGUAGCAUUUGGAUCUAAGACAUUGAACGUUUACGAGAUUAAUGAUCAAAUGUCAAAGAAAGGCUGGAAUCUUAACGCAUUGCAAAAUCCACCAGCAGUACAUAUCGCUUGUACGCUAUUAACUGUACCUCACGCAGAACAAUUUUUAAAUGACCUUGAAGAUUCAAUCAACGAAAUUAAAUCUACCACGAAUAAUAAUAAAAAAUUAUCGGGAACUGCUGCCAUUUAUGGGAUGGCUGCUAGUUUGCCCGAUGGUUCAAUUGUUAAUGAGGUUGCUUGUGGUUUUUUGGAUGCUUUGUAUUCUGCUUAA